CCUGCGUGAUAGGGUCUGCUGAAGAGGAAUUCUAGUCUCUCAAUCUGAUCCUUGUAUCAAACUCUCGUCUGACACUGUCAAUUUUUCCCGCGGCCCUGGGGGAAUCCCGCGCAUGCGCGUCCUGUCAGCAAGCACUGGGACAUGAACGGCUAAACAACAGUGGCAUUGGUGCGACCCGCCGAGCUCGGGAGUGACAUUUUUAAAUCGUCCGACUCUGGAGCCGGGGUGUUGCUAGGGAAGAGUGUUUUAUUUUGAGGACAACUACUGUCGAGCACCAGACGCACCGCCAGAGAACAGUGCCUUGCCAGGGGGACUCAUUGGUGGAAUUGUUUGAACGCCGAAGGGCCGGGGCAAGGAGCGGUGGACUUACUAAGUCUGCACCAUGCUGAGCUUCAGCGCCUGUCUCAUCCUGACCUGCUACGGAGCGUCACUCAAGAGGCGGGAGCAGGAUGUCGGGCUGGCAGUGAACUACCUGUCGAAGUAUGGCUAUGCAGAACAGGACCCUAGUGCGCCUGCGGGGCUGACGUCACGAGGAGACCUAACACCCACCGUCAGGAAAGCGAUAUGCAAGUUCCAGAGAUUCAUGAAUUUACCGGUUACAUGUAAAUUAGACAGAAAGACAAUACGAGCGAUGAAGAGACCGCGGUGCGGCAUGCCUGACAUCGAGCCCGAGCCGGCAGCGCUGACGUGUGCGGGCGGGCGAGGCGGGGAGGGCCCCCGUAUGGCCAGCUUGUACAGUCUCGGUGGCAGCAGGUGGAAGAAGAAGGAGCUGACGUACAAAAUCAUCAGCUACACGCCGGACUUGUCACGGAGUGUGGUCAAUGAUGCCAUAGCAAUGGCUUUUAAGGUUUGGAGUGACGUCAUUAACAUAGAGUUCAAAAGGGUUCCGCCAUAUUACAAGUCUGACGUCACCAUUCGAUUCGCUAAGGGUUACCAUGGCGACGGGACCAAGAACACGUUCGACGGACCUGGCGGGACGCUUGCGCAUGCGUUCUACCCCGAAUAUGGCGGCAACUGUCAUUUUGAUGAAGCUGAGACGUGGACUGUUGGGGAACUGAACGACGCAGGCAAGGACUUGUACCAGGUCGCGGUGCACGAGUUAGGGCACACUCUGGGGCUGGGUCACUCCGAUGUUCCUGACGCCAUUAUGAUCCCCACCUACCUGUACCGGCCGUUCUUUAAGCUGCACCCUGAUGACGUCGCUGGGAUCCAGAGACUGUACGGUACUAAGAACGACAUUCUGCCCAACGCGCCUGAGGAGAAGAAAAGUCCCGAGUGGUGCCGGGAACAAGUUAGUUUCGAUGCGGUCGUGGAGAUGCCAAACGGAACAGUCUUUGCCUUCAGAAAAAAGCAGUUUUGGCGGUUAUACCAGGGUGGUCUGGAGCUUGCUGAUGGUCCCUGGACUAUCAAAGAUCGCUGGGGCGUGGACGGACCAAUCGACGCUGCUUUCACGAACCGGGGCCUGGUGUUCUUGUUUCAGGGCAGGAACGUCUGGGUGUUCCACGGGAACUUCACCGCGCCGGUGCAGAGUCUCAGCCCACGUGACUUCGGCCUGUACACGCGGAUAGACGCCGCCUUCAGCACACAGGACGAGAAAACUAUCUACUUCUUCAAGAGAAACCGCUACUACAAGUACAUUACUGGGAAAGGACGAGCGAAAGGAUAUCCCCGUUACUCCAAAAAAUGGCUCGGCUCCUCGAACCACCCCGACGCCAUCUUGCGCGUCGGAAGCGACCUUUUCGUCUUCAAAAUGAACAGCUACGAAAGGAUAUCACCCUCGGAACCAAAGACGUCAACGUUCGAGCGUCGGCGACCUCGCUAUCGCUAUCGGCAUUCUUCUUCGUCGAUAGUGUCGGCAGCGCGCAGCCGUUCGGCGUCGGUAGCGUCGGCAAUCCUCGGCAGUAGUACGUCGUCACGAAAAGCGUCGGAACCUCUCGGAAGGUCCUCGUCUGUAGCGUCGGCAAUUCUCGGCAGUAAGUCGUCAAAAGCGUCAGAAACUGUCGAGAGUUCGUCGGCGUCGGCAGCGUCGGCAAAGAUCGACACUUCGUCGGUAACGUCGGCAAUCCUCGGCCGUUCGGCGUCAAAAGCGUCAGAAACUCUUGAGAGUUCGUCGUCGGCAGCAUCGGCAAAGAUCGACACUCCUUCGUCGGUAAUACGACUGCCGCGUUCGGCCAAGUCGGCGACGAUUGUCGAAGACUGGCUCGGCUGUCCGAAGAAGACGUGGAGUGACGACAUGGUCGAUGAUAAAGACUAUGAAAUAAUUGAUCCAAACACGCUACCAUGAUGACAAUCUAUGAUUUUAUGUCCAUAAAUUCUAAUUAGUAUUUCCGUAAAUGAUUUUAUCAGGAUGGUAAAUGUCUGAGCAUCACAUCUAAGGAGUUAUACAAUUGCAGACGUUUUGUGUCCGCCUCACUGUGUUAACUUCUUCAGGAUAACACUGAUGGGCACUACUGUUCACUAAGGCUAGGCGGCGCUGUUGCACUGUUACAACGACCAAUUUGCAACACUGCAAUACUGCCAAUAGCGACACCUAGUGUCAAUGCAAAGUAUUUCCCGUCAGUAUUAUGCUGAGGAAGGCGACAGACGGGUGCCAAAACGUCGGCAGUUGUACAACUCCUUGUUGUGAACAUGGGACUUUGGUCCUCUAAUUAUGAAUUCUUGAGUAUUCUAAUUGUCUUUUUGUUGAACGUAGAAAUUAAGGUGGUGAAAACAGUUCUUGGGAUUGAGGGUGAUUAUCAAAUAUUAAUUCUACACAGUCAUGUUCCUUGGCGCUUAAAAGGAAAUGGCUUAGAAAAUAAAGAUGUUGUGUAAAUAUUGAAUAAUUGUGCAACCUACGAAAUUAGCUUUAGAAAUUAGCGAACUAGAAACUUCAAAGUUCUGUAAUCAACCAGAUCUCUAGAAAGGCUCGAUUCUUGAGAAUUGUUAUUUUUGAAAUUAUAAACCAGCGAAGGGAACACUGCAUUUUAUGACGGUGCUUGAUAUUCAAGUGAACAAGCCUUAUGUAGAGUGACGUUUUGACGGGCUACAUUUCAUGAUAGAUAUGUGACAAAUCUGUGCCUUCUUAGAUUUACCUAUUCAUUGAGAAGUUCUUUGAAUUUAUACAGUUAUGCACAUUUUCUCUUUUUGUAUCAUCAUCUUUACAGAAUUUUUCUUUUCCACAAUGACAAUGAAAAUAUCGUUGAGAAUUUACGCAUUUUGUUUUUAGGUUGAUAUUGAAGGGAGCUCUCUGUCUUGCUGUUAUCCGAAGCUUAAGGUGUAAAUAUAUGUUUUAUACUGUGAAUUGGUACUUUUGUUUAUUGAACGAUAUCGUUGGUGGGUCGUCAUGUGUACUUGUCUUCACAAUAAGUUUUUGAUUACUUCUACUUCGUCUUGAAAAUAAAAGACAUACAACUAGAA